AAUACUAAGAUGCCAAUCCGGCAAUUCUUCUUGCAUUCCUUAUAAGCGAUAUCCACAGCCAUUCAUGAUCUAUCUCAGUAUACUGCCUUUUGGUUAGAGCAUAUUAAACCAUUUGCAACAUGGCAGCAGUCAAACUUCCAGCAGUGCGCGCUGACGACGCUUUUGGCGAGCAAGUUCGGAGUCAUUAUACUGUCGAAGAAAACAGUAACAAGCCAGUCGACCUUGUGAAACUCGAAGAAGAACGCGAAAAGAGAAAGGGCAAAUAUUCUCAGAUCGCUCAUGACUACUACGAGUUGGCAACUUUGAACCUCGAGUUCGGAUGGAACAGAAAGUUCCAUUUUGGCCCAUAUCUCGAUAAGGAACAGUCGAUCCGAGAAGCACUAGCUGCUCAUGACCACUAUCAGUUCUUGACAAUGGGUGUCAAGCCUGGCAUGCGAGGCUUGGAUGCUGGGUGUGGUAUCGGCGAGCCCGCUCGUGACUAUGUCAAGUGGGCCGACGUUCAUAUCACCGGUGUCACCAUUACUCAAUUUCAGGUCGAUCGUGCAACUCAGUAUGCCGAGGAAGAAGGUCUUAGCGACAAAGUUGACUUUGUCCGAGCAGACUUUUGUCAAAUGCCAUUCCCUGACAACACUUUCGACUUCGUCUAUGCUCAAGAAGCUACCGUCCACGCUCCAGAACUUCGCGAUGUCUAUACUGAGAUCUGUCGUGUGCUUAAGCCCGGCGGUGUCUUUGGUGUAGGAGAAUGGUGUAUGACUGAUAAGUUCGACCCCAAGAACGAACACCACAUCGACAUCCGUCGCAGAAUCGAGCGUGGUAAUGGUAUUGCCAACAUGAAGACAACUGCAGAAGCCCUUGAGGAGUUCAAGUUUGCUGGCUAUGAAAUAUAUCAUGUCGAAGAUCACGCAUUGAAGGGUCUGAAAGACCGCCCUUGGUGGAGUCCUCUCGAUGCCAAUACCAAACUGUUCCCUACAGGAAAAGAUUGGUGGACCGUAUACUUCCUUAAACCUUGGGUCUGGAGACUUGCUCGUGCCUUCACGUGGACCGCAGGCAAGGUCGGCUAUCAGAGCAAGGUCGAUACCGACACUCUUCUAGAGGCGCUCAACACACAAGGUCAGGCCGUCUGGGGAUUGAGAGAUGGUGGUAAAUAUGAGAUCUUCACGCCUUGCUAUCAGAUGUACGGCAGAAAGCCCGAGAACUGGGUACAUCCCCAGCCCGAAAAGGCCAAAGAGGCUGCUAUCAGAGUGGCCGCCGCAGCAGCGGCAAAGACAACUACUAAUGGCGAGGCCGCAGUCGUCUAAGAUGGGAAGCAAUGACAAGCGCGUGAAUUCUUCCUGUAAAGUGCAUGCCGGUUACUCCAUGCCUGCGAAUGCUGCAGUGCUCGUGUGUCCCGAAGGUGCAU